GUUUAGCAUUACGAACCCCCCGCCCCUCACUCCAGUCCUUAAAAUCCUAAAACUUGAGCAUUUACAGAUAAACCUCCAGAGACCACUUCAGCCGUGAGACAAGAGAGAUACACAGACCAUCAGGUGACACUGCAAUGAAAGGAGACGCUGCCAAAGCGGGCAUAACCAAUGGCACCAUGGCCAAAGACCAGAAGCCCCCCUCGGAGGAAAAGAUGGAGGAGCGGGGCCAGUGGAGCAACAAGAUCGAGUUUAUUCUAUCCGUCGCCGGCUCCAUCAUCGGCCUGGGCAACAUGUGGCGCUUCCCUUAUCUCUGCUACAAGAAUGGAGGAGGUGCUUUCCUUAUCCCCUACUUGAUCUUCCUGUUCACUUGUGGCGUUCCCGUCUUCUUCCUCGAGACGGCUCUGGGCCAGUACACCAGCCAGGGAGGCGUUACCUGCUGGAGGAAAAUCAGUCCGUUGUUUGAAGGUCUUGGCUAUGGCACUCAGGUGAUAGUGACUCUGUUGAACUUCUACUACGUAAUUGUUCUGGCCUGGGGGAUUUUCUACCUGUCCUACUCCUUCUCCUGGGACCUGGCCUGGUCGUCCUGCAACAACACGUGGAACACAGGUAACAAAUGCACAUCAAAAUACAAGACAAGUGUUUUUGAUACCUUCGAGAAAUUUUACAUUUUUCUAUUUUUCCCACCAGAAAACUGCUUGGAACUUCAGAGAAGAAACACCUCAAUCACCCAAGUGGUCAACCUAAAUUCUACCUCUCCUGUCAUCGAGUUCUGGGAGAGAAGAGUGCUGAGGAUUUCCCCAGGGCUAGACCACAUGGGCUCUCUGAACUGGGACCUGGCCCUGUGUCUUUUCAUUGCCUGGGUCAUGUGCUACUUCUGCAUCUGGAAGGGGGUGAAAUCCACAGGAAAGGUGGUCUACUUCACUGCGACCUUCCCUUAUCUGAUGCUGAUUGUGCUGUUGAUCAGGGGGCUCACCCUGCCUGGUGCUGGCAUCGGCAUCCAGUUCUACCUUUAUCCAGACCUGGGACGACUAUCGGACCCGCAGGUGUGGAUGGAUGCUGGCACACAGAUCUUCUUCUCCUACGCCAUCUGUUUAGGAUCGCUGACUGCUCUGGGAAGCUACAACAAAUACAACAAUAACUGUUACAAAGACUGCCUGGCAUUGUGCUUUCUGAACAGUGGCACCAGCUUUGUGGCAGGCUUUGCAAUCUUCUCCAUCCUGGGUUUCAUGUCCUUUGAACAGAAUGUUCCCAUCUCAGAAGUGGCAGAAUCUGGUCCUGGCCUGGCCUUCAUAGCUUACCCCCGCGCUGUGAGCAUGAUGCCUUUCUCUCCUCUGUGGGCCGCCCUCUUCUUCAUCAUGAUUGUUUUUCUGGGGCUUGACAGCCAGUUUGUGUGUGUCGAGAGCCUCGUGACGGCGAUAGUGGACAUGUACCCGAGUGUGUUCAGACGUAAAAACCGCAGGGAGCUCUUCCUGUUAGGCGUGGUCUUCGUCUCCUUCUUCGUGGGCCUCAUCAUGCUGAUGGAGGGAGGCAUGUAUGUUUUCCAGCUCUUUGAUUAUUAUGCAGCCAGUGGCAUGUGUCUUCUCUUCAUGGCUAUCUUCGAGACUGUCUGCAUCGCAUGGGUCUAUGGUGCAGACCGCUUUUAUGAUAACAUUGAGGACAUGAUUGGAUACCGACCAGGACCUUACAUCAAGUACUGUUGGAUGUUCCUCACCCCGGCCACAUGCAUUGGUACCUUUGCCUUCUCUCUCAUCAAAUAUACCCCUCUAAAAUACAACAAUGAGUAUGUGUAUCCGUGGUGGGGCUAUGCCAUUGGCUGGCUGCUCGCUCUCUCCUCCAUGGUCUGCAUCCCUCUUUGGAUGGUGUACAAGAUCAGCACCACCCAAGGGACAUUCAAAGAGCGCAUCAAGUUGCUCAUCACACCAUCUGACACUUUACCCAAAACGAAGAGGGAGCAAGAGAAGCUACUGGCCAUCUUUGCUCCUGAGGGAGAAGUCAACAUGACUAGAAACGGCUACUAUCCUGUCUCAGAAACGGACUCCAACUUAUGAGGCCCCCAGUGAUGAUGUGUGUGGGAAAGACAAGUGGGUUUUGGUUUCAUCAUUGACUUGCUGCACCCUUGCCUCCCAAAGAUCACUGCAGGGAAAGAAACAAUAAAGUGUCACAUCAUCUACUUUAAUUAAUGCAUAACAGAUAUGAGGACUCGGGAGAUGAUAGGCCUACAGUGUGUUGGGUUUGGUUGCGCCUGUACAUUUCACAGAUGGCAGUAAUAUGGUAAAAGAAAGAUUAAGAAAAAAUUAAUUCAAAAGUCAUUUAUUGGAUUACUUAGACGUUAUAGAUGGGACAAGGGCAUUUUUUCAGGGACAAAAGUUAUUUACUCUACUCAUCUAUUAAUACUUUUUCACAGAUGAUGUAAAUUAACUGAUUCAAGGUCAGUGUAAAUGCAUGAGUCAGCCUUGUUGACAUUGUUUUAAGUUAAUGGUAUUUUCAUCUUUUUCAAAGGUGGUAAUUGUAGAGACAGACACACAGGUUCCACCAAAAGUUUAGAAAUGUCUUGGUUUUUCAAAAUCAGUAAUGAACAGGUGAAGCAUUUGUUACUGCAAACAUGUAAGUUACUUUUUGAAGUGUCCUUGUGUAUCUGACAUAACUUCAUGGCUACUUAGCCAUAUUUGUAUCAUAUAUUGUAUUAUCAUAACUGAUUGGUGAAAGUUUGUAUUUACAAGAAUUUAAAUAAAAUGUUGUGUUUCACAUGAAUAGACUGUGUAAUGAAAGAUUAUAAUGUCAGUGAAAAUUAGCACUGCCAUAGCUGUAGGACUAACAUGACAUAUAUGUAGUUUCAUAUUUUGUACUGUAACAUAAUAUGACUGUACAAAGAAAUGUGAAUCUUGUAAGUAUGUUUUUAAAUAAACAUGCAACAUUU